AUGGUGUGCUCAAUAGCCAGCAGCAGAAGACCAUCCAUCUUGCUUCUCUUGACUCUUUGGGCUAGCAUCGGACAAGGAUAUGCAUUUGACUCCCUCAGUCUGACGACCAGAGCCUCCGAUUCAUGUCCUAGUUCAUAUGACCGCUGCGGUAGCACGAAACUUCCAGACAACUUCUGCUGCUCAUCCGAAUCAACCUGCAUCAGUUUGGACGAUGCCACAUCCGCCAUCUGUUGCCCCAAAGGCAAUGACUGCCAGUACAUCACACCUAUCGUCUGUGACAUACAGCAACAAAACGCCACUCUCUAUCCAUCAAAUCCCAUCAAGACAACGCGUCUCGGCGACAGUCUUCCAAAAUGCGGCGACAAGUGCUGCCCAUUUGGCUACAGCUGUAGCGGAACCACUUGUGUCAUGAAUGAGGCUGCCGCAACAACCGCAACAGCCUCAGUCUCCGAGUCCACAACCACAACUGGCUCUUCGUCCUCAACCUCAUUUACCGGAUCCGCAACACUCGGUGCAACUUUUACCCCAGUAUCAUCUCCAUCGGCGGCAGCCUCCACAAACGCUACAUCAGCAGUCCUAUCAGAAACGUGUCCCUCAUUCCCAAGCAAAGCAAUAGCAGCAGGGUUCUUCCCAGGAGCAGUCUUCGGCGCUGCCACCGCCCUCCUAAUAUCCCUCUGUCUCCGACGCCGCGCUCGUAACGCUGAGACCAAGAUCCAGGAGUCAAAAUUCCCAUCGCACUGGUCUCAUCGUACUUCCACUGGGGCUGUAAUGAGCAUCUCAAGACCAAUAGUCUCCGAAGACGCCUCUUACCGCACCGACUUCCUCCUGCGAACUCCACUAGAUGCCAAACGCACUUCGGCUGGAGGACGCUCUACUCGCUCUAGAAUGCAUCGUACCGGAAGCCGAGUGAGAAGUCUUUUCCACAACAAUCCACGAUUGGAAAAAGACGUACCACCUAUCCCGGUUAAUCCUGUCACUCCCCCGAGACAACGUGAGCCUAGUACGGAGAGUAUCAAAGUUUACUCUCCACCUGGAACAUUUGCACAGCCCAGGAAAUACCUCGGACCAGAACCGUAUUCUGCUGCGAGUGCGAGGCCUGAUACUACUUUUACGGAAAUGAUUCAAGGGCAUGGAUUCAGUGGACCCCAAGGGCAACCUUCUUAUCGUAUUCGUGAGGAUUCGAAAGAGAAUCCGUUCAGGGACCCGCCUACACUUGUUUGA